AUGAAAUUUUCUAGCGCCACCUUACAGCGCAGGGUGCUGUCUGCCGGCCGCAGCGCCGCGGACUGCUUGGAGGAGUUCCGGCGCCUGGCGGCGGAGCAGUCGCGCUGUCGUUUGACCUUCGAGGGCUGGCCGCCACCUUCUCGACUGCAAAUCGGCGACGGCACCCUGGCGCCACUGGGUCGCGACAUCUUCGUGUUUCGCCGGGCGCUCAAGGACGGGCUGCGCUCCGAACCGACGCUGGUCCUCUGCUGCGCCGGCAGGCCGAUGCUAAUGCUGCGACGCAGCGAGUUCGAGGCGCUCGUGCAGCGCCUGCAGUGGAUUAAGGACCAGAUGAAAGAAUUCUACAAACUAAUAUAG